AUGUGCGUUUUAAAGCUUUUGUUGUGUUGCGCGAGUCUAUGUGUGUGUCUUUUUUCCAAAAUUCUUUUCUUUUUUUUUUCCCUUUAUUUUUAUCCCCCAUUCCCUCUCCUUUUUGCUUUUGGGGCAAUCACCAUGGACGUUUUCUUUUCUACUCUUCCCUCUUUAAUAUUUUUUUGCUGCACUCUUCCUGUGAGGGGUGCCGUGUGUUUCUCGCCCAACUGCUCCACUCGCACACCCACCGACACGCUCAUGACGACGGCCCUGUGCGCCUCGCCUGCUGCACGCAUGAGGAGGGGCCGCGACGAACGGCGCGCUGAGGGAGCCGUGACGUGUGGGCGUGCGACGGGGGCCUGUGGGGCGGAGCACACAUUUCUUUCCCUCUUGUUUUGUUUCUUUGCGGCCAGGGCGAGCAGACACCCGCAGCGCCACACACACACAGCCACACCCUGCCGCCGUGUUUUUCUUGUUUUUGUUUCUUUUUUGCUUUUCGUGUUCAUUUCACGCGCUGGCAGUCCCGUCAGCAUUUCUCUCCCUCCUGAUGAUUUUUUUCUUUUGCAGCGCUCACCCUCCCGAUGGAGUGACGCGACUCCCGUCAUGUCUGCGUGCUUCUCUCAGUCCCCACACACACGAGUGACUGUGCUCUGCAGGCCGCACUCGCACGCCGAUGAGAGGGCUGAGGGGAGCACCAACACGCAGAUGACCCCAUGA